ACUCUCCGUAGAAAGACAAUCGAAACCAGAAAAGCUCCAAGCAUGAGGGGUUGCUGCAAAACCCUAAUCCAGAGUUCCCUCCCUUCCCUCCACAACUCGAAACCCUACUACCUCUCCAAUUCCAGCCAUGUCUUCCCUUUCCUCCCCCGCGCUCUCCCUGGCUUCUCCUUCAAUUCCUCGACUCCCAGAGCCAAACUUCCCCACACCUUCCAUAUCCACUCUACCCCUUCUAAUUCCACUUCUUCGGCAGCACUAGGAGUAGCAAUCUCUUCGGAAUCGGCCGAAGAUGAACCCCAAGACGACCCGAAGAGGGACACCGUGGAGCACUUGCUCACCAACCCGGACGACAUUUCCAGGCUGAUGAAGAUGGAGAGGCGGCAGCAGGGCGACUAUGAGAAGCGAUGGUUCCCUUACUUGGAUGCGUUCAAAUGUGGGAAUGGCGCGAGCUUGAGUAGCGGCCAAGUGUUGGAAGCAAUGGCGCCGUAUAUGAUGGAAGAGAGGAAAGAGAGGUUCAGGACCGCCGUGAAGAACCGGAGUUACUCGGUUUGUCUGGUGGUCGAAGGAUUGAACGAUUUCGGGAACGUUUCUGCUACGUUUCGUUCUGCUGAUGCGCUUGGGUUUCAGUCUGUUCAUGUCAUCAACCCGGAUAGCUCGAAAAGGUAUAGAGAUAACCGCCAUGUUAGCAUGGGAGCUGAGAAAUGGUUGGACAUUGAAUUGUGGGACUCUACUGUAGAGUGCUUCCAAGUUCUCAAGUCUCGUAGUUAUCGAAUUGCUACAACACAUGUUGGAACAGAUGCGGUAUCGAUUUAUGACAUGGAUUGGUCUUGCCCUACUGCAAUUGUUGUUGGCAACGAACAUAGGGGGAUAAGUGAUGAGGCCCUCGGACUUUCAGAUCUGCAUUGCAGUAUUCCAAUGAAUGGCAUGGUCGACUCUUUCAAUGUAUCAGUUGCUGCUGGCAUUCUCAUGCACCAUGCUGUUUGUGACAGAACUUCCCGUCUGGGGCGGCAUGGGGAUUUAACAGCAGAAGAAAGCAAGAUACUGCUGGCUGAGUUCUCACUGCGUCAUAGCAAGAGUGCGAUAAGCAUCGCACAUGAAUAUGCAAAGAGGAGUAAGGCUUCCACGCCUGUGCCAAAGCUGUGAUGGAGAUGUAUCAGAAAAAGCUUCCACUACCAAAUGUCUGUGCAGUCUGCAAAUCCCCCUCCCGAUGUAAACAGAGAAGAAUUGGAGAAAAACAUCUGCAAUGAGCAAUUUGCUCUGCUUCGAUGCAUCGGAGGCAAAGGAAAAAUCACCGGUCAGUUGGCGUUUGCUUGGGAACAACUGGAGGUGAUGUGCUUAGCUAGUGCAGCCUCUCUAACUCUUUGUUUGGUUCUUCUUGACGAAGUAAAGAGAGAACGGAAGCAAGUUCUAUCUAUCAUAAGACAUGUCAAAAGUUUACUGUUUCUUAGUGUCCCAUCCAAAGGGUGACUUGUUGGUGACAUCACAAAAUUUUGAUGACCUAAAUGGAACUUUUUUCUGCUUCUCUCUCCUACUUUUGCUCCCAUUCACUCAUAUUCAUCUCUUUACUGUACCCACCCAUCCACCACUCCAUCUCAAUCUCUCCAUUUUCUUCAUUGGAAUAGGACGAAGCAGGAGGAGGAAGAAGAAGAAGAGUGAGUAGAGGAACCAGGGUGUGGUCUUUGGCGGCCGUGGGUGGUGGGGAUAUUCCUGGGUUUUUGUUGGUUAUGAUUGGAAUCGUCUUUUGUAGGUGCUGGCAACGGCAGAAGUGGUGCUUGAACACUAGGUGACGGAACAAGAAGAUUUUUUUCCUUUUCUGAGAAUCUCGAACAGGUAUGGGUCUAAAGGCGGUUUCUGAUCUCUUCUUGAUUUUCAUUCUUCGUUUUCAGAGUUUAUAUAAUUUAUCCUAUCUAGCUUAUGAUGAUUACAAUGGUGAAUCAAUUGUUCAUCCCUUAUAAUUGGAUCUGUGUGUGGUCUUCGGCGGCCGUGGGUGGCGGGGAUAUUCCUGGGUUUUUGUUGAUUAUGAUUGGAAUCGUCUUUUGUAGGUGCCGGCAAUGGCGGAAGUGGUGCUUGAACAGUAGGCGAUGGAACAAGAAGAUUUUUUCCCUUUCUGAGAAUCUCGAACAGGUAUGGGUCUAAAGGCGGUUUCUGAUCUCUUCUUGAUUUUCAUUCUUUGUUUUCAGAGUUUAUAUAAUUUAUCUUAUCUAGCUUAUGAUGAUUACAAUGGUGAAUCAAUUGUUCAUCCCUUAUAAUUGGAUCUGUAUUUGUUAGUUCCAGGUUAGGAUUCUGAGUUCGAUGGGAAGCCUUGCAGGAAUGCAACAAAAAAACAACCCUCAGUUAGCUCCCCAGCCGGUAUGUUGCCCAAAUAGUGGUUGUUAUCAUAUAUGGUUGGCCACAAUUCUAAUUUUCGUUUCUUUCUUUGUUCCUAUAGUACUUGCUUUUGUUGAAUGACCGAAACUACCUUCGCCUAUAGAAACUGUUGCUGUAAGUUGUGUUCCAGCUCUCUCCUCCAUCUAUUUUGCAGUAAAGAUAUAAUAACUGCUUCAGGGUUUAUCUUCUACUCACCUUUUAUGAUUUUAGAUUACACACUGGAGAAGAUUGUAGAAGGGAUGCAGUUUUAGAGAUGGAUGCUUGUUUUUCCAAUUCAUUGUGCGCUGGCCAGCUUCUUUUAUCAAACUCCUCAUUGUAGAUAUAGGUUUGUCGAUGUAAUCUCUUUGACCAUUCAGAAGCUCCAAACCUCAGAUUGCACCUAUGGGUUUUGUAUUUUUCAUGGAUGUAUGUUAUGGGUUUUGUAUGUCCUGUGUUUGAGCUCUUAAGCAUAAACCAUGCAACGAGCCAUUGAUGGUCUGAAAUUCUAAUUGGUUUCAGGUAUAGAAGCUAACAACAAGAAGGUGAAGGAGUUUGGUCAGAGUCUUACAUUCACAGGAACUAGAUGUAACCAUCUCAAAGUUGGGGAUGUCAUUCAGGUUGAUAAUGAGGAGUUUUUCCUUGCCGAUAUUCCUCUGCUUUCUUCAACCUUCAAUAAAGAUGGGUCUUCUAUUUUGUCUUUCUUUGUUAUUCUGAAGUUGAUAAAGCCCUUAACUUUGUGAUGGAUACUUAGAUUGAUGUGCCUUGUGGAAUGGUUGUCGAGACAGAGGAUAAGGUUAAGGACCUCUAUUUCUUUGCGUUUCAGGAAUCUGGUGAUGAGGCAAUUCAUUACUUGGGCUAGAGUGAAAGUGAGGAUCACAUUGAAGCAAUAUAGGUAGAUUCGUUUUGAUGUCAAUCUCUUAGUGAAUUGCAUCUUUGGUGAUUCAUUACUAUUUUAUAGAUCAUUUAUGUCUCCUUGCUUGGAUUUACAUGCCUAUCAAAGAUCAUGUUGGAAUUGUGUCUCGGUCUGUGAUUUUUUUGAUUGAUUUGGUUGGAUACGGGAAACUGAAUUGGUCUACAUCAUUGUCAUAAUCUGUCAAAACCAUUUCUACACUUUACUGCAAUGACCUUCUGGUUGAUUUCCAGUCCAUUUAAUCUUGCUUCGGUUUACAAAGUUGUUAGAGUAGUAAAGUUUAUAUUCAUGCUGCCUCUUUCUACUAAGCACACCCAUAGCCAUCUUGGGUAAUAGAUGUGAGCCGUGGAACUGAAGUAUAUGGUCUCCAUUGUUUUUUCAUUUCACUCAAUUCAUUUGGCUUUUCCCUCUAACUCCUGUCUGUGUUGGUUUCUUCAAUCUUGGUUUAGGAGGUAAGAGGAGCUCCAAGCGAACAGGUGUCGGGUGCUGCAACCUAACAUAGAGGAUUCUGAGAGGACCCAGGUCCACGAGUUCCACAUCGGCGAGUUAAGUUGUUUUCUAUAUUUCAGAGUUUAGAGUGAGUAAUGAGAACAAGCAGACCCACCAAACUGCAUUUUCGAUCGAGGUUAUUGUUAUCUCUUCCCGUUUAGUUUACUUUCGUAUUUUCAGUAGCUAAGUUCUUUCUCUUCCUUCCUUCCUCAAAAUGGUUUGUUCACUUUUUCUGAAGCUUCAAUGGUGGUUUUGUAUCCUUUUUUAGAACAAAGGGUGCCCCUACUUUCCAAAUAGCCUUCUUUGCUUUUACUGUGUUGAGUAGAAGUCAUCCACCCCAUUUUAUCUGCAUGUAAACAAACAGAAAAGUAAUCCUAUUAAUUGAUUGAAUUUGAUAGCCUACAAACUGUUAUUGAAUGGAUGAAUAUAGCCAUUUUGGAAACUUACUGAUGUUGUUGGCGACCCAUUACCGUCAUUCUUAAUGUAUGUGUUCGCUGCUGAAUCUGCACGUCCUUUCUACCUUUUUUUUUUGCUCUCGGGUUCUCUUCUCCAAAACAAGGAUCAUUGAUGUAUCAUCAAGAACAAAUCUUUAUGUUCGGUAUGCAAAUCAGACUUAUAGUUUUGUGUUCUCAUUGCGGUGUUCUUAUUUUAAAUGUUUGGAUUCAAUUAUGUUCUUUUCCAUGCUCAUAGAUGAAGUCUUCUUCGCAAGAAGUCUGGAAAUGUCACAGAGGAUUUGAUUACAGAGUUCUUUAGAAUAUUCUUACCGUUGUUCCUGUAAAAGCUACACUUUCAAAGUCCUUUCAUGCCUUAUGAACAAUGUAUGGUUUGAUUUUUUAUUGAAGGGUAGAGGAUUCAAUGCUCAUAGCUGAAAUCUACGCUUUUUCAUGAUUUUAGGGAAGAACACUUCCACACCAUGGUGUCUGAGACCUUGACUGUAACCUAUCAUAGUGAAACUGAGUAACUUUAUAUGUAAUUGGUGUGAUACUCUUACAAACAUAAGUUAUUUGAUUUGCUUUCCUUUUUCUUUACUGCUAUCCCUUUCUUCUGUGAUAUUUCAGUAGCUUGUGGAAGGAUGUAUCUCCCAGAUUCACCCUCGACCAUUGCUAGGUAUGAAAUAAGAAGGAACACUAAGGUUUUCUACAACUCAAUACUAAUCUCAUGUUCUGUUUUGAAAUUGAGUUAACUUGUGUCAUGAAUUACAACCCAAUUCAUUUUCUUGGUAAUGAACUGAGUCGCUUAGCUCAACAUCUAAUCCUACCUUCCUCCCAGUUAAUUAAUUCAGUGUUUGGUAUCAGGUUAAGAGUCACUCCAAUCUCUCUUAAUUUCCAUCCCUUUUGAGAUCUUAUUUCUCAAACUAUUGUGUAACACAAUCAUUGGGACACUAUCAAUCUCUUGGUUUCAUCUAUUUGUUUACUUUCUGUUUAGUUGCCUCUAAUUUUGAGUUUCAUUAUGUUCUUUGGUUGUGAGAAAGAGAAAAUACAAGUAUUUGUACUCCUUUUAAUGCUUUUGGGUGUUUUAUUUUGUUUUACUAUCUUUUUAAAAAUUCUAUCAAGUUUUUCUGACUGUAGUUGUUCGCACUUCACAGCCCAGAAAUCAUGUGUUUCUGGGUUCAUAAGAUGAAUGGCCUAACCAUUUUUCAUUGACUUUGUUUUCCUUAUUCAUUGAAUUAGAUGAUUCCUUCAUUGAUAUCGCGGUUCAGGUUUUGUCGCCCUCCAGAUUUUUUAUAGAUAUGAGCCUAUUGAGUAAACGGGUUAUAUUGAGGGAUUUGAAGGUGCAUAUCAAAGGCAGAUUCAUUGAGAUCUCUCCCCCUUCUCUACUUCCUAUUAGAGCUAUAAAAAAAUUCAGCAGUUGUUUGCUCUGUCGCUAUCUACUAAAGUUCUUUCAAAUGUUCUUCAGUGCAGGCUAUCUAUAUGCUCUUCUUUCAAUUCCUUACUGAUAAAAUUUCCUUCACAUGAUAAUUGUACAUUUUGGGUAUGUGUUAAAUACUGAUGUAAAUCUUUUUAUUUUUUCAGUUCUUGGGAUAAUUUUCUCGGGUUGUGAAUUUAGUUGGGUCUUGCUACGAGUGGAUGCUUCCUGUAUGUAUAAGAUAUGAGUAUUUUAGUUAUUACUUUAUUAGCAGGUUAAAAACAACCCUUCUGUUCCAUUUAUUAGUGCAUUUUGCCCUUCCACAGUCAGAUGCUAUACUGAAUUCUCUCCAAAUUGUUAUUGGUUAUUUAUUCAGAUCGCAAGAUGUUCAUUUUGCAACCCGCCGCGCAGCACGGGCUUUCCGAACUAGUGUGUAUUUAUAUUGGGGUUUCCAUGGAGAUGCCAGCUUGUAGGCACACAUCUCAACCAUUAAGAUAUACCAAGUUGAUACUAAACAAUAUGCAUUACUACUUUUUCCACAUGUUUUAUUCCCGUUAACAACCACUUUGGGUUAUUGAGACUUGGGAUCAUGUGGUCAACAGCUGGAAACAUUGGGAAUCAUGUUCAAUGCGGAAGGGUCAGAGAGAAUCAAAUCAUUCCUGCAUAGGGUUGCUGGAUCAGUUUGCAAGUUGAGGUAUGGCAAUGGCAGCCUGAUAGGCCACACGACACCAUUUUGGCUGGCUGGCUGUGUCUAUAGAGUUAAGAAUCUGUCCGUAACUAAUAAGACUAAAAAACAGGGGAUUUCCGAGAAUGGCAUCCCCUGCUCCCAACCCGUGGCUCUGCCUGUACAAAUACAGCAAAACAUAAUACAAUCCUCUAAAUUUAUAGAAAAGAUUGACCAUGCUCAUCAAGCUACGCAUAUCUUUUAUUUGAUUCUUAUUUAUCCCUUUAACUGGAGAUGCGGUGGAUGUCUAUCAAGCCAUGGCGCGGGGAUAACAUAUAGUACCCUUUAGUCACUACGCUUUGGAGGUAAAGUUGAAGAAGUGGGCACAACUAGUGCGAUCACCCAAAAGUGUAGGACCGGACCCUAACCUUUUCCCAGCAACAUUAAACUGCAACAGGACAUUCUCCAACUGGUACACUCUUCUUCACUUCAACCGUCGAGUUCGAUCCAAACAUGCUCCAAAAAGCUUACUGUCCUUCAACGCAAGGGUGAUCACAGGGACACUUGCCCCGACCCGGGUGCUGAAAAUGCCCGUGGAGUUAAAUCAUGCCUCAAGGCUCAAACGGUACCACGACUCCGACCCUUUUCGUGCCCUGUGAUCAUAUCCAUUUCGUGAACUCCUUGACCAAGGAAUUGUAUAUUGAAGUGUGCAGAGCUGUGUAUGGGUAAUAACUUGUGUUAAUUUUAGUUCGUCCAUGACCAUUUUUGUUUAUGGAUAACAUAGCUUUUAUUCGAUAGAAUUGCUUUGCCAUUGAUCUUGAUCGAUUUGACUCCGAUGAAGUACUCUGGUGACGGCUUGCCGUUUGUAUGUAUGCUCGACAUGCUUACAGGGUUGAGAAUCAAUGGAGUGAAAGUGAUGGAAUUGGAUGAGUAAAUGUUUGGGAACAAU